AUGAGCCAUAAAUUACACACCCCACUCCGACGAAAUAACACGCUCGCUGCUCUCUCCGGCCAAGAAGACGAAAUUGUCGCGCUCGAUACUAUGCUACUGGGGCUGGAGACUUCGCAAUCUCGAUGCGGCGUAUCUGCCCUUCGCGCAUGGGGUCACCCAGUUAUUUUUGGUUACAUCGAUGGUGGCGAAGGGCGGCACGGCGUUCGUGGGAUGGUCGAGACGUCGGACCCUGUGUUCCUGAAGAUGGGGCUGGAGGCGAGGACGGGAGAGGGUACGCCCAUUACGUUCUUAUUCGAUCCGGAUGCGUUCAUUAGGAAAUGGACGGAGGAAAACCUGCCACUCAUCGCCCGUAUACUAACCCAUCGUAAACAACACAGGCUACUCCGCCACGAUCGACUCGGAAUGCGUGAAAUUCGGCAUGACCUGGCUCGCGGAGGGGAACUCGGGGAUUCCAAGAUGCCCAAGCUUCUGCGCCAUAAUGAGGAGGGCCCGACCGUGUUGAAGGGGAUACAGAGCGUGGAGGACGCCUUGGAUGAAUGGGAUUGUGGCAGAACACAAGUCGAUGGCUCGAUUCCCUCCUUCCUCACCCUCGAAGAGAUCGCGGCGAAUAAGGAGUGGGAUCCGGACGGGUUCGGACGUGUUGAAGGCGAUCGGGAUGGGGGUACAAGGGGUCUUGUUCGUUUGAAGGAGAUAUGGGCAAGGAAGAUGGAAGCGGGGUUGCUUUGA